AUGUCUCUCAUGGAGUCACCAAAUACAGACCAUACUGAUGCCGUACAAGAGUGCCGUGCACUCUACGAGCACGUAUGGAAAACCCCUUCACCUACUCUGGAAUUAGCGAAGUCGCCAUUGAUGCAGCCUGCAUCACUGUCGUCCACUCUGGAGGAGCGGACACAGCUCACAUAUCAAAGGGCAAGGGCCUUGGCACGAGCUUACAACUUGACACUGAAAGAUGUAGUUGAAAUGACCCCAGCUUUCUGGAAACUUCACAUGGACAUGCUCACCGCUAUGGAUGGCGGCGCAAUCAACCUAGUCAGCGUCCAAUAUAAUCUUUUUGUUGGCACAGUUGCUCCUUUUGCUGCCACACACCCGGAAUUGCCGUCCAUUAUAGAGAAGGCGUUGCGUGUUGAUAUCUCUUCACAAUUCAUGCUUACUGAGCUUGGACACGGCUUAGAUGCUCGCAAUCUUGAAACCACAGCGACACUGCUGCCCAAUGGCGGCUUUGAAUUGCACACGCCGACUCCCAAUGCCGCCAAAUGCAUGCCACCAAAUACUCCACGCAACGGCCUGCCGACCAUUGCAGUGGUCGUCGCCCGUCUUAUAGUUGAAGGAGAGGACCGCGGAGUCCGACCGUUCCUUGUUCCCAUGUCUGACGGUACCAAGAUGUGCACAGGCAUUACCUCAAAAGUCUUCCCACCCCGCGCUGGCGCGAACCCAAUCGAUCAUGCUCUGACCUACUUCAACCACGUCAAACUCCCGUUCUCUGCCCUGCUCGGUAGCCUGGAAAAGGCACGCGACGAACGCGACAACUUCCUUUCUACCAUCCACCGCAUGGGAGCCGGAACCCUCUUCUUGGCCGGCGCAUGCAUUCCCCUAAUCAAGAUGGCCGUGUACAACGCCAGUAAAUUCAGUUUCCGUCGCCACAUCUUAAACCCCGAAGGACAGCCGAUGCCAGUCAUCGACUUCCGGACUCAGCAUCUCCCCAUCUUGCACGCUAUUUCGCGCGCCCAUGUUCUGCAGGCAUUCUUGAUUUACGCCGGCAGGGAAUAUUGCAUCCGGACCGAUCCUCGUGUCCGACAUCUCUUUGCAACCACGUUCAAAGCAGUUACGAUUCAUCACUUCAAGACCAGUCUCACAGCUAUCAAUGAGGGUUGCGGCUGGCAAGGAUACUAUGAUCGCAAUCAAAUUCUCGCAGCUAGCUUGGAGUUCAACGCAGUUGCAACCGCAGAAGGCGACGUUCGAGUCCUAGCUAUCCGUCUCGCCAGCGAGCUCCUAAUCGGCCGCUACCCGGUCCCGCCACCAAAGAACCCCAACAGCCCCCUCGCACGCCACGAAGCAGGCCUCUUCGCCGAAGCACGCGAAUUAAUGAAGGGAUUCGGCAACAAGCACCGCAGCGAAGCUUUCAACCGGACUAUCCUCCCCCUAUGCCUCCCCCUCGUCCUGGCGAUCGGUUACCGCAUGGCAAUCGAGGCCGCUACAGAUAUCGGCAUCGACCCGAAGCUCUGCGCUCUCUACGAAGCUGGAAUUCUCAAGGAAGACGCUGGUUGGUACGCGGAGAAGGGUGGGAUUAGUCGUGAAGCGCAGCGCGCAAUGGAAGCGCAGGCUGCCGACGCUGUCCUCCCGGAAUUGCCGCGGUUGGUUGAAGAGACUGGUGUUGAGCCGUAUUGCACGGCGCCCAUGACCUCGCAGGCUUUGUGGGAUGGGUAUGUUGGAGAACUGGAGACUUUCUCCGGGGAUGCGGUUUGGAAAUUUGAAGAGAAGGCCCGUCUUUAG